UUUCCUUCUUCAACAUGGAAGUGUGUCUUAAUUUGUAUUAAUUGUUAUUCAAAAUUAUUAUAAUUAUAAUUAAUUCUUUAUUUGACUGAUAAAUCAUCAACAGGUGAUGGGUAAAAAUGCCCUCAAAAAAGGUGAACGUCCUGAUAAGACGUUUACGUUUAAAUCUUUCAAUGAUCACAUUGCUGGAAUUAAAAUCAAUCUGAUCCGCAAGGUUGACACUGCUGCAGGUCCUGAUGAUGAAUUUGAAUCCAAAUUUCAUGCCACCUUACAAAAGUUGGACGAUUUAAAUUGUACUGCAGAUUUUGCGUCUCUCAAGAAGCGUCUUGGUGGAACUUAUUCAUUUUUCAACAUCAUCCAAGUUCAUGAUCGUCGAGAUGAAUUGGCAAGUGUCCUUAUUGAUUCAUUAUCAGAUGAAGACAGUUUGGCAAACGACGCUACUCUUGAGCUUAUUGUUGCUCUGGCCACUGAUAUUGGUGAACUUUAUUAUCCACAUUUUGAGGCUACACUCAACGGGCUUCUUAAUAUUCUGGCUACUCAGGAUCCCAAAGUGAUUGAAAGUAUCUUCAUGACACUUGCUAGUCUCUUCAAGAUAUUGUCCAAACGUAUGACCCCUGACACCGACAAGAUCUUCACCAUGUUCAACCAGUUAUUUUCCAACAAGUGGCCUGAUUUUAUUCGCUCUUUCGCUGCUCAAAGUUUAACAUAUUUGAUUCGCAAAGUGUCUCGUAAAGAUGAAGUGAUCAAAUCGAUUCUUGAUCAUGUUGACAAAGAUUCAUCCAUAAUCACUGGCGUUUCUUAUUUACUUUUUGAGAUUGUCAAAGGAGUGGCAGGUCAUCUUCAUAGUUGCUCUGAUCAAUUUAUCAAGUCACUACUUGUCACAUAUUCAUCUAAUUAUGCAACAUCUAAAAAUGUCAAACAAUGUGUUGAUCUAUCGUUCAAAAUGAUUGCCGAUUAUGUUGACAAGGAGCGAUGUGAAGUCAUUUGGAGCAACCUGUUGACUGUGUGCGAAGAUUCAAUCCAAUCACCUCAAGCUUUCAAGCCAGUUUCAUCCAUCCUGCUAUUUUUUGUAUCUCAUAAAAGAGGAGAGCUUAUCAUUGAUUGUGAAGUGAUUGUCAAUUUCACGAUUGCCUCCCUUCAAGCGAUGUUCGAUGUUGAAGAUUGUUUAGAUGUUCUUCUUCGAUUAACAGCAACCAUUUUAAAUACGCUUUACUCUUCAAUCAAACCUGAAUCUCGUCGUAGUUUGAUAAAAACUACAUUCGAUUCCAACAUAACUGCUGCUCAAUUUGACACUUUUGCCGAAAGUCUCUUUCUCAAUCGAUUUUUCGAAGCUGAUAUUCUCCCUCUAUUGGAAAAAUCCUAUCAUCCAUUGAUUCAAAGUCCUUCAAUUGGAAGUGAUCAAUCAACCAGAAUGAAAGAUUUCAACAACACCAUUGAUCUUCUAUUCAAAUUGAUUUCCACCAAGAAACCACUGCCAAUUUUGGAAACUUUACCAACCUUCGCUUAUCCUCUGGAUCUAUCCAAAGUAACCACCGAGGAAGGUUGUAAGAAUCUUGUUUCCAAACUGUUGCGAGUUCUAAUUAAUCCGGAAGAUUGGCUGCUUGUUCGCAAAGUGGUCAACAUAUUACCUCAUUUGAUACCAUUAGAUCGUAACCUAGUCAUCUCUGGUUUGAUUAGCUUAAUUUACAAACUUAUGGCUAAGUUGAGUGAAGAUCAUAAAGCUAAUAAGAGUUUAAAAGAAUCAGAUGAUGAACUCUUCCAAACGAUCUUGAGUGAAUCGAUUUACGCAUUGAGUUUACUUCGUGCAUCUGAAUUGUUUACCGAAUUUAAAAAUGAUUUCUUUACUCUCCUUUUCGAGAGAUUUCCAGGAAAUCCGAUUAUUUUGCAAGGAUUUGUAUUCUUCUAUCAAUAUGCUCACUCUAUCGAUUCUAAAGAUGUUUUUAAUCGAGAGUUUUUCGAGAAUUUAUUUUUCAAUCAUCUUCAAGACAAUUUACGACAUCCACAAAGUCAAGUUCGCUUCUUGACUUUGAUCGCCAUCAACCUGUUUGAUCCACCAAUGAAUCCAAGUGAAUCUGGUCUACCUAAUCAAUCGAUCUUUUCUAUCUGUUUGGAAGCUGAAAUGAUUACUCUGAAUAUUCAAGAAUAUCGAGAAAAACUUCGUUUAAUCAACAUUCUUCAACAUGGUCUUGUUGAUAAAUCGCUUCCAUGUGAAGCUCUUUCUGGACAAAAAUACAAAUUUGUUCCAAUUCAUUAUUUACUUGGAACACUUUAUUACAACUUUCAACCACUUUGGCAACCAGUUCAAAAGAUCAUUCAAGAUUAUGGUCGUUUGUUUCAAUCACAAGAUCGAACAACAUUUUGGUCAAUCAUCUCUAAACAUUAUUCUGAUGUUCAAAGCUAUAUUAUAGCCGAUAAAAGUAUCGAAGCAUAUAGAUUUUGGCCUCGAUUGAAUCAAUCAAAUGAAGCUAAUCCAAGACCAGAUUUCUCUAAUCAUCGGAUUUUGAUUCUUCAAAUGCUCAAAGAAAUCGCUAGUGACAAACCAAGUGUCAUUGAAAGUCAAGGUGAAUCAAUCGUUAGGUGGUUUUUCAACUUUUUGACGAUAGAAGCAGAUUCAAAAGGAGUUGGUGAUUUUAAAAGAGAAGAAGAUAUUUCUCUUGCUGAAGAAUCAACUGAAAAACAAUCAGACACCAAGGAAGCUGAUGGUAACGAAGACGAAAUCGAUCAAGACGAUGUCGAAAUGACGGACGAAAAGCUUGAUGAUAAUGACGACAAACCAGAUGAAAAAAUGAAACAAAAAUUGAAAUCUGAUCUUAAAGUUACCAUGCAAACAAUGACUGCUUUUCUCGAGCUACUUGCCAAGUUUAAAAAUCCCAAAAAGAUUGACUCUAGUGGUAAAUUAAUGGACCUUUAUGAAUCCCUUUUGAAACAACCCAAUCCAGUCGUUCAAAAAGCUGCAUUCAAUUGUCUAUUGACUUUCAACGAUCAAAACAUUUUAAUUUAUCGUGAAAGUUUAUUCCGUUUACUUGAUGAUGACACUUUUAAAACAGAAAUCUUGUUAUUUGGAUCACAAGAAGUUGAUCCAGAUCAACAGCAUGUUAAAGCUGCACAUCGACCGAUUGUGAUUCCCUUUGUGAUGAGAAUCUUAUAUGGUAAAAUGUUAUCGAAAACAGGGUCAAAAACUGCGGGAAAGGCCAAUAUUGACACUCGACGAUCGAUUGUUUUCCGUUUCCUUGCCUCGUGCAAUAAAGAUGAAGUCAUGUUGUUCCUAAAAUUAGCUUUCGCUGAUUUCGUUCCAUUUUUCGAUAUGGAAUUGCCCGUAAUCACUGAUACUCUAAAAAACAUCGACAUUCACAAGUGCAUUCCUCUUAGAUACGUUCAAAGUGCCCUGAAAACAUUAGAAAUGAUGUUACUCCAUUUUGGAAACACUGUUGAUGAUAUACUUCCAAUUCUUUUCAAAAUUUUAAUUGUAAUUGCUGCAUUUACACGAAUUCUUCUUGACCAACGAUUACUUCUCAAUACCGGUGCUGUUAAUCGUUUGAAAUCGAUAAGAAUUGAUUGUUUCAAGUUGAUGGAAAAAUUUUUCAAAUCUUUCGAGUCUUACUCAUUCUCACCCAUAGAGAUUGAUGGUCUUUUCGAACUUUUUGAUCCAAUGAUCUUGAAUUUGUCCAAUGAAAGUUUAUUUUCACCGUCACCACUUUUACGAUUGCUACGAUGUUGGACUUGUGUCCCAAGAUAUUUUACUUUUGUGAAAACACAUAGUGACCAACCGGAAUCCACUCCCUUGUCUUGUUUAAUUGACCUUUACAGUGCACGAAAAGUCACAAGUAGCAUCAUUACUUACAUUUCAGCGAUGCUUGCAAAUCUCGCAUCAUAUGCUAAUCACCUACCAUCGAACUCUGCAAACACGGACGAAGCUCCAAUUCCAUUUUUAGAAGUAAACGGAAUUGCAGAUGAAUCUUACCUCGAAGUUUAUCAGACAAAGAGUGAUGACAUUAAUUUGGGAACAGUUAUGCUGGUUCCAUACAUUAGACAAAUUCUAUCGAGAAUUAAGAAUAAUCUUCUUCAUCGACUGAAAGCUAAAAAAAGAAGCCGAGAGAGCAUCAUACAAGAAAACGAAGCGACAAUUUUGUCUCAUCUCAGUGAACAAGUGAAGGAUGAAAACGAUUGUCUAACUAUGGCCAACCUGUUGAUUGACACCAUAAUUCAUAGUCGCAAUGAGGCCGAAGAUACUACAAUCAAAACAUUUGAAUCAAUCAAUAAUUUAGUGGAAAAAGUUGAUACAAAUAUCAAAACAUUCAUCAAAAAGCUGUGCCCUCUUUUCGAGACUGUAAAAGAGCGUAACUCUCGUUUGGGACUUUGUAAAAUACUCAAAACAAUCGCACAGAAAGUAUCAAGUUUCCAGGAGUUUGUUGAUAUAAUCGUGAUGAUCAAUGCUUAUAAUCCUCGAAUCCCCGAUGAGCCUGAUUACACUGUUCGUGAAGAAGGAUUUUCAAAGGCUCGUAAAUUGUUCCAAGAGAUGAACUCAACAACAGUUCCUGUUAAUCUGUUGAAGGUUUUCAUUCACAACUGUGUUUUCUUCAUCUCAUCAUCCGAGGAAUUGGGUCUUCGUGAAGCUUCAUCAAGUUGUUUAACUUUAAUCAUCAAAAAGAUCAGCGAAAGUAAUAAUCUCGAUCUAUACAAUAAAAUCGUUCGAUCUUUAAUUUUCAGAGUUCAUGUUAGGAAUGGAAUGAGAGAAUCCGAUGAAAGAUCUCGUCACGAGUGGAUCACCAUUUUAUCUGAUCUUAUAAAGUUUGGGAAAGAAAAGGAUCAAUCAUUGAAUCAACUAUCUCUACUUAGCCAUGAUGAUAUCGAUCAAGAUUUUUGGACCAACAUCGUCCACAUACAAAUGCACCGUAGAGUUCGAGCUCUGGCAAAACUUUGUAAUAAUCAUGAGCUUUUGUCUCAACUCUCACCGCAAAUCCUUCAUGAUUAUCUUUUGCCGAUCGCCACCGUUUUCAUAUCAGACAUGAAAGCAACUAAAUAUGGUGCAGCCUCAGCUUAUGCUGUUGAUCUGAUUGGUUCGAUUUGUCGAUAUUUACCUUGGUCAUUGUACCAACAGUUACUGCGUGUUUACCUUCAACGAAUCAUCACCGACUCUGAGAAUCAUAAAUCAAAUGUCCGAAUUUUAUGUUCCAUCUUGACCAAUUUCAAUUACGAUCUCAGUGAAUCAACUACGUUCAUCAAAAGCAGGGAAGAAAACGUGCCAGAAGCAGUUGCUCUUCGAGAUUCAGAAAAUAUUGAGAUUCCUAAGCAGAAAUUACCACCUGAAGUUGCCACUCGAGUUCAAGACACGAUUGUCGGUGAUAUUGUGCAAAAGCUACAAGAAGUACUCUACAAGUUAUCCUACACCGAUUAUGAGUACGAUAAUAUACGAUCUGAAUUCAAUCAUGACGACGAAAUACAAAGAAUGCCAAUAGCUUUAGCAAUCGUCAAGCUACUUGAUGCUGUUCCAAUCGCCGAAUCAACAUUUGAGAAUCAAGUUAAAAAUGUUUUCAUUCGAAUGUCCAACUUUUUAAAAUCACGAAUGGAAAGUAUUCGUGAAUCAUCAAGGAAAAUUUUAUGUAAAAUAAUGGGAAUUCUUGGUGCUCGUUACCUGCCACUUUUGCUCAGCGAAAUGAAAACCAUUCUCAAUAAAGGUUUUCGUUUCCACGUGUUAACCUUUACAAUUUACAUCAUCUUGGAAUCAAUUUCGACCACCUUGCGCCCUGGUGAUCUUGAUGCUUCCGCUCCAUUGUUGAUCGAAAUUUUCCACAAAGAACUAUUCACCGAUGUUGCCGAGGAAAAGUCAGUUGGUAAAAUAACUGCAAAGUGCAAAGAGGCCAAAAAGAUCAAAAGUUAUGCGGCUUAUCGGAUUCUUGGUAAAUUUGUCUCAUCGAAACAUUUGGUUAAGAACAUGUUGCCCAUGAAAAAAAUUCUGGACGAAGCUUUGUCUGUGAAAGUUAUCAACAAAGUUACUAUUUGCAUGGAGAAAUUUUUCCUUGGAUUAACAGAAAACACUGGAAUACCUGAGGAAUCAUUGAUUAAAUUUAUAUUGGAUGUUCUGGAAGACAAGAUUCCACAAUUAAAGAUUCGACCGGCUAAGUUGACCAAAAAAGACGAAAUCAGCAAAACGGAUUCCCUCUUAUUGGUGCCCGAAUACAAACAGAAAAAAUCAACUAAAAUUAAUCCACUUUCAAAUGUUCACGUUUUAUUUGAAUAUUGUUUACGAUUGUUAUUGUCGUUGUUUAAAAGAAAUCGCCUAAGGCCCGAAACCAAAGCAGCCGAACAACUUGGUAAAUUUGUUCCCAUUCUUAUCGAUUCACUUUUCUCGAAACACGUUAAACUCACCUCAACAUCGCUUCGGUGCCUGAUGCAAUAUGUUCGUGCUUUUCCUGAUCUUCCCGCAUUUGCUGCGUCAAUCGAACGGAUAAAAACUAACGUUCUAACACUUUUAGACGAAUUUGUAGCUCAAGGAACCAAUUCAAAGGAAAACGUUGAAUUAGUAACAAUGUGCUUCAAGACAAUUUCAUCAUUUGUAAGAUCAAUUGAUUCUGUUAAAUUGAAACCUGAUCAGCUGAAAGUUUUACUGUUCUAUGUGGAAAAAGAUAUGGUUGAUCGGACAAGACAAUCAACAGCCUUCUCUUUACUUAAAUCAAUCCUUUCCAAGAAAAUGGAAUCACCAGAAAUCAAGAGUAUUCUUCAAAAGUUAACUUUCAUCAUGUUGGAAUCUGACGAUGAUCAUGUUCGAGAUGAGUGUCGACUUGUUUGGUUAAAGUAUUUGCUCAACUAUUCGCUUGGUGGUGAAAAUUUCACCAAUUAUGUUACUUUCUUCACUCGUCAACUUGAAUAUCCUCGAGAAAUCGGAAGAUCCUCCAUCCUUAAGUUACUUUUCUCACUCAUCAAAUACCAAGACAACUCUCAGGUUUCGGACAAUGCGGCCUCAUUUUAUAUUCCAAUAUCAGUGCGAUUGAUCAACGAUGAUUCCUACAAGUGUCGAGAAUUGGCUGCCUCAGUGCUCGAAAAAUUACUAAACAAAAUAUCCAGAAGAGCUCGAGAUAUUUUAUUGAAAAAUAUCACUUUACCUUGGUUCCAAGCAAACAAUCAAUUACAUCGACGUCUUGCCGCUCAAUUGUUUGGAAUAUUUGUUUCAUGCGAAAAAUCCGAUUUCCGUUCUCGUUUACCUGAGAUUUUACCACUUCUUGUACAACAACUUGAUCCAACUCGAUUCCCUGUUGAUGUAGAAGACGAAGAUUCUAAACGUAACAAUGAUCACCAAUUGUUUCAACUGUUGUCUUUCUAUCAGAAAAUUUUGUUACACGAUCCUGAGAUUAUGUCUGAUCCCAAAUUCAUCGGCCAUUUAAAUUCAAUAGCUCUUUGUAUUGAAAACAAUUAUUUAACUUAUCCUCAUAUUUGGGUCAGAAUUUUAUCUGUGAAAAUUAUCGCCUGUAUUUUCAGUAAUUUCUCAGUCACUCAAGUUGCCGAUCAUUUAAUCAACGGGAAAACAAAUUCUUUCUACCUCUUCAAUAAUUUACCUCUUCGUCUCUGGAAUCUAUGUAGGAAACAUUGCUUCUUGUUCAGCAUAAUCUACGAAUCGAGUGAAAUUGGGGACCUGUUGAUUAAAAAUUUACACUACAUUUCUAGAGUAUUAUUGAAAUUACCAAAAGAUUUCAAGAUAACUCCAGUUGAGGAACUUCAAAAUGGAAAUUCAAUUGUCAUCGAUGAAAAUGAACCAAAGAAGAAAAAGUCAAAAAAGUCAAUCGUCAAAUCACCAGUCAAGGUUGAAACUAAAGUUGUUGAUGAAAAUUAUCUCAGUAAAUUGAACAUCAACUGGUUAACAAAUCGUUUAAUCAGGGAAAUCAAACGAGAGGUUAAAAAAUCACCUCAUGAACUUCAAGCUCGAAUUUCAAUCUUCAAGUGGAUCGCUGCCAUAGUGGUUGAAGCCGAUACUCCGAUCAUCCAGAGUAAUUGUCGUAAUUUAUUGAUUCCUUUAGCUCGAGAAAUCACCAAUCGUAAUUUAAAAGAGGCUGGACGGUAUGAGGAAGAUCAUCCGAAACAAAUUCUGGUCAAUUCAUGUUUAGCUCUUUACGAAGUGAUCAGAAACAAAGUCGGAAGUGAAGUUUUCAGUAAAACUUAUGCCGAAGUUGUUACUUUGCACAAUCGUAAAAAGACUGAACGUAAAGCGACACAAGCAGUUCAAUUCUUGAUUAAUCCUGUGUUGGCGAUGAAGAAAAAAGCAAAGAAACACUUAUCAUGGAAAGAGAACAGGAAAAGGAAACGAGAUUUCAGAAGAGGAAAAAUCAAUCGUGUAAUCAAAAGACCCAAGUUAAAUUAAUUUAAUUUCAUUGAAAAAAAAAUCCAAUUGAUAAAAUGAAAAAAUUGUUCACAUUAAAGUUCAAUAUUGUAUUGUAAA